GCCCUUCAUCGGAGAGCAGACUCCGUGUCCCUCUCCUUCCCCUGCUCCCCCGCACCACCAUCUCGCCCCCGCCGCCGCCGUGCGGACUUGCGGGGUUCCUGCUCCACUCCAUCGAGCGCGCGGGAGCAUCCAGGAGGCCGCGUCUCGCACCCACUCCUUCGACGCUUCGGUUCGCAGAGUACGGGAUGCUGGCCCUGGCCGCGGCGGCUUCAGGAAGGUCAAGGGCGGCAUCAACCUCGACUCCAACGCCGGCAUGACCAUCCUCGACUCCCCCACUCGUGCCAUCUCCUGUGGAAGGACUCGGUUCGACCCUCCUCGCCGCGAGGGAAUCGGCCUCGGCGUGAUCAGGCGUGGCUCUGGCGGCAGAAGCCGGAUGUACACCUACGCUACAACUACGAGGUCCUGGUAUUCACCGAGACCGAGCUCUGUCACGGCGGACUCGCUGCCGAAUAGAGAACGGCGCUGCCUCAAGCCCGUCCCCCACUUUGCUUCCGGUGCAAGAAGAGAUCGGCUGCUUCGUCUCCCUGGCACCACAACCUUGCCGCCACGAUCAACUGGAUUCCUUAUCCGCUCCAGCGAGCGAGCGGGAGCAACCAGGGGUCCGGCGUCACCGUGCACGAGGGCAGCUGGAGCAGCGGGGCGCCCCUAUGGAUGGAAAUGAGUUGGGUCGACCCAUUGGGUAGUUGACCCGACCCACAAAAAUAGGGCCAAUGGGUUAUAGGGCCCGACUCUAAAUUCCAAAAUGGGUCAAUAAGGCCGGUACCUAUUGACCCGAUGUGUAUUAUGGGUCGACCCACUUGUCAUAUUAAUAAUUUUUUAUUUAAUUUAUUGGUUUUCUUCAUUCUUUUGAAUAAAUACAACUAGUCAUAAGUUGUUAGAUUCUAUAUACUUCAAAAUAUAAUGAGGAAUAUUAUACGUUGGAAGUGAAAAUGGAUAAAAUUGAAAUCAUGGACUGCCAGUAAAUAUGUUUAAUUUGAUGCAUUGCUAACAAUCUUAACAUAUUAUUGUGAUAUAUAUUAAUCUUGAAUCUUAUCUUUUCUAAAAGUGUUCAUAGUAUUCAUGGUUUAUGAUUAUAGAAAAAUAUUUGGGUCGGCCCAUAAUACCCAAUGAGCCAUCAAGGCCAUAACAUCUAGGAGAAAUGAGUCGACGCAUGACCCCUGAAAUUGGCCUCGAGGCCAUGGGUCCGGUCCAAGGCCAGGGCCGGGUCGGCCCAUUCCCAUCUUGUGCGCCCCUGCCUGAGGGCGAGGGCAUCGCCACCUCAGUCCACCACCACCGCUCCGCGCACCGUCUUCAGGCAUUUAGGAUCACGUCAUGGCAGCAUCUGCAGAGCAGGCGGAUGUCAGCUUGGAGAGGGGAACACGCCCCGCCGCCCCAAGCUCCCUACUGGAAGAGCGGGCACAUUGUACUCCAGAAGCCAUCAUUCCUACCGAUUCAUGUGCCUGAUCGAAAGAUUUGGAGACCAGAAGAGAAUGUUACUGGGAUCGUGCAUGAACGCUGUAUAGACGAAACAUCGCUAUUCAUCAAAUUUGAUCCAGUGGAGUAUCUGAAAGGUCAUCCGCUGAUGGAAGAAGUUCCAGUUCUGGGUGAAGCACCUGGAACAUGUAAUUGGAAAUUCACUGAAGACGGCAAGUAUACCACCAAAUCACUGCUUGAUCUGAUCGGAACAUUCCAUGAUCUAGGAUGUUGCAUUCCAACACUUUCAAUCGAUUCUGUUGCCAUAAAUAGUGCAGGCAGGUUUGAAUUGGUUGAAGCCAAGAGCCAAUUCACUGCUCUAACUCCAAGGGGAGCAAGCAUUGAUUAUCUGAAUGCAGCAUUGCUUUUGGAGAAAUUGGUUGCUGUUUCAAUGGGAGAUCACAUGAUCAAUCACAUCCCUAUAGAUAUAAGCAUCUUGCUUAUGUUAAUGAGGACAAAUGGUUAUCUGUAUCGUUUCCUGAUUGGUAACCAUACCAGUUUGCUACCGCUUCACAAUAGAUCAACUGUGUUUAUGGAAUUUUUUGACUACAUCAGGUUCCAUAUACCAAAUUUCAGAAUAGACCUGAAGGGCAAGGUUAAGGGAUACAUGCCAUACCGCAAAACGUGGAUUAUUAUGGCUUCCAACAACAGAUAUAUGAUUGAGUGGCUUAAGUAUCCAGAUCGACUUUCAAGAAAACAAUUCAAGGGCAAGUGGUAUGAACUUCUCCAGUUUGUACGGAAUGUGAUAUGUCACAAGAUGGAAUUACUGAUGAAGGGGGAAGUGUACCAAGCAGCAGAAGUUGAAAAUAUGUUGCACGCCAUCUUCCCAAGGUUGCUACCCCAUAUUCAGCAUUUUCUUUGGCAGAAAGGCUGUUUGAGAGAUUUCGAUAUGGAGACAUACUUCAUGCAGAGGAAAGUCACAGAAUGGAAAUUGAAUAAGAGAGGCCACUGAUGAGAUAUCUCAAUCUGAAACCAUACUGCCUCAGCCACAUCAACACUCCCAUCUUAUAUUCUUAUGCUGCCAUCAGUCAAGCAUAUUAAGAAAAUCAUGUUGUACAGAUGUAGCUAGUGAGUUUGUCACAAAGUGAAGUUUUGGGGGGGGGGGGGGGGCAGCCUUUUCCAGUUUCUGGUCCCUUUACAGUCAUAUAAAAUCUGCGGAACGUGUUAUUGCAAUCCUGAACAAUAUAUUGGUGUUUGACUUCCGUCAA